AUGGAUGGCUCGGUAUUAUGUGAACUACCUCAUUGGAUUAUUCAAUGGGCUAAUAAUCAUGUUCAAUCAUUUUUUCUAACAAACGGAAUUGAUAAUACCAUGCUUCUUCUAUGUUCACGACUGGACGGUCAUCGACUUUUACAGCUCUAUGAAAUUUGUAUGAUCAAUCGUGAAUCAAUGUAUCAAUCAUUGAAAAGUGAAUUGGCCAAUGUACAUCACAGAACAUUAACAAUUAGUGAUUAUGUUACUUUUCUUCAUGAGAUUCAACGUUAUAUUGCAUUAAUGCAUACCAUUUCUCAACCUGCAUCAUCAUCUUUACCUUCUUCUACAGCUUGCUAA